GUUCGUCCACCGAAUUCGAUUUCUCACAAUGUAGCAAAUUUGUUGUUGUGGAAGCAGAUGUUGUGUUUAUCGGUAGAUAAAUCAAUCAAUAAAAGUUUUCGUAAAUUUGAGCCAACCUAGAUUUAAAGGCAACAUUCUGUUAAUAGUUUAACCAUAUUUAUAGUAUAUCUCUCGCUAGUUAUUCUUAUCUGAUAACUUUGUAUUAUUUUGAAUAAUUAAAUGCAUAAAAACCGUAUUAUAUACUGCAUAUAUAGGAAACUCAGCUUUUUCAGUCUAAGCUUACUCUGAUAAUGCAUGAAGCGGAAAAAUUUCAAGUGCUAGAAGGACAUAACAGUGAUGUCACUGGUUGUGACUUUUUUGGAUUUAAUUUGGCAACUUGCUCAGCUGAUAAGAGUAUUAAAGUAUGGAGAAAAGAAUCAAAGUACUUCAAGGAGACUGACUUUUCUCCUCUUCUUGAUCAUACAUAUGGAGUUAACUGUGUUCGUUUUUCACCAUUUGGAACUCUUUUAGCAUCUUGUUCCACUGAUGGUAAAGUCAUUCUUUGGAAUGCUCAGGAUGGUGAAAAGGUUUGUGAGCUUCAACACUUAAGUGGGUCUCCUAUUCGUGUAUGCUGUUUUAGUCCUACAUCUGCUGUACUUGCUACUGGAGGAGAUGAUGAAAAAGUUGUAUUGUGGGAUCUUGCGACAAAAUGUUUGAUGAGGGUUCUUGAGGGACAUGAAGCUAUGAUAACCACUUUAGCUUUCAGUCCAGACAGUUCCUUUUUAAUAUCAUGCUCAACAGCUGGAGAUUUAAUGUUGUGGGAUGCUCGCUAUGGCCAUGGAAAGUGCUUGUCAUCUGUACCAGAUGCUCAUGAUUUAGGGAUUCUUGGUUGCGAUUUUAGUCCUCAGUAUGACGCAGUAUCUGAAGGUGGAUUUAUUAAUGCAAAUUAUAUUAUUUCGACUUGUGGUAAUGAUGAUCUUGUGAAGCUCUGGUGUAUCAAAACUGUUUCAAUUAAAAAUAUAACUCUUCUUAUGAAAUUAGAAGGACAUUCUGGAAAUGUUAUGUCUUGUCGUUUUUCACAUGAUGGAACACUGUUAGCAUCAACAGGUGGAGAUAGAUGCAUUAUUUUAUGGAACCCGGCUAAUGGACAGGCUUUGCAGAAAUUAGAAGGACAUAACAGGUAUGUUACAUGUUCUGCUUUCUCUGAUUCCAUUCUUAUGGCUUCUGGAUCAAAUGAUAAAACUGUUGUUAUAUGGUCUUUGGAUAAAGAUAAACUGUUAAAAUCAGCUGCAGAAACGAUUGCUGAAAAAGAGAAGAAAUUUAUUAUGGAUGAGAAAAAGCAAAAUAUUCUGAUAUGGACUGUUGAAGAUGUGCUUAACUGGUUGAAAUCUCUUAAUCUGGAAGACUUAAAUGAAACAUUCCAUUCUAAUGCCAUUGAUGGUAAAGAGCUUAUGCAUUUAAAUCAUGAAACUUUGCUCACUGUCCUGAAAAUAGAGAGUUUAGGUGUGAGAAACAAGAUCUUGCGUGCUGUUCAGUGCUUAAAAAAUCCUUUGUGGCAGCAUGUAUUUUCUGAUUCUAACGAAGAAGGAAUACUUAGUGAAUUUUAUUGCCCCAUCACUCAAGAAGUUAUGAGAAAUCCUGUUGUUGCUGCAGAUGGCUACAGCUAUGAAAAAUGUGCAAUUCAAGAAUGGCUUGAAAGUGGCAGGGACACUAGUCCAAUGACAAAUGAAACACUUGCUCAUAAACUUCUUAUUCCAAAUUAUGUUCUUCUUCAAUUGAUUCAAAAGUAUAAGUUGUAAAUAUUAAUUUUUUGUUAUGAAAAAUAAAAGUAUUUAUUCUAAGAUGUGA